AUGCCAUAUGAACUCAGGAAUCGCAACGUUCUCGUCACAGGAGGAAGUAGGGGGCUAGGGGCUGUGAUUUGUCAGAGGUUUGCUCAGGAAGGUGCCAAUGUAAUGAUUAAUUACGUCUCAAGCGCGGAGAACGCUAGCAUAGUUGCGAAACAUGUCGAGACCUAUGGUGUCAAAGCCUUUAUUGUUCAAGGGGACACUGGAAUCCUGCACGAUAACAUUCGCAUUGUCCAGGAAACGCUGGAGAAGCUCGGUGGCCUAGAUAUCAUCGUUGCCAACGCUGGCUGGACGAAAGUGUGCGAUUUUAAAGACCUAAAUGCAAUGAGCGAAGAAGAGUGGAAUAAAGUUUGUUUCCUUCCCUGCGCCGCCGAAGCAUUAUUUUGA